CAGUGAACGGAAGUGAACGUGUAAAUGAUGUCGCGCUAAAUAAUUUCGCGAAAAUAAUUUAAAAAAGCGUGCGAAAAUGCAGAAUAAUUUCAUCACUAAAACUAAAUUCAAACUAUUAAACAUUUUCGAUAUAAAAUAAUAUCUAUGUGAUUUUGAACUUAAAACCACGUGCCCCAAAUAAAAAGUAGAUUUUGUGAUUCGCGAAAGUUUUUAUUUUGCAUCGCUGUUCUAAUGUAAUGGCGAAAGAUGCGUUUCUCAGGCGAGAAUUUUGUGUUACUUGCGAGUGUAUUGUUCUGCGUCAACGGAGGUGAAAAUGAUAUCUAUAGUGGCCAUUCCUUGGAGCUAACCCAGUCCUCGAACUUGGCCCGUCAGGAGCUCGUGCAAGAGACUUGUAACCGACUCUCUUUGAAUUGGAAUUUGGACGAUCUUCCUCCGAGCCUCUUGGAGCACAUUUUAGUCGACGAUGAGCACAAACUCCUCUAUUGUUACGUUCCUAAGGUAGCAUGCACAAACUGGAAAAGAAUACUCAUGAUAUUGGAAGGAAAAUGGAAUGACACAGAUGUUCUUUCUGUACCGGCGAGCCUCGCACAUUCACCCGGAAUGUUCAGAAACCUCAGUAUGGUAUCAAUGGAAGAGAGAAAUAUCAUGUUGGAAAAUUAUCACAAGAUGAUCAUAGUCCGGAAUCCAUUUGAGAGGCUGUUAUCCGCUUAUAGAAAUAAGUUAGAAGGUGACCUGCCCAGUGCAAAGUAUUUUCAAGAUCGUGUCGGAAGACGCAUCAUAAAGGCGUUCCGAGAAAAUCCAUCGAACGAGUCCUUAGAAUACGGCCAUGACGUCACAUUCAAGGAGUUCGCGCUAUUCCUAACGAACAAGUCAAAAGAUCUAGCUGAUAUAGUAAACAACGAGCAUUGGCAGCCAGUCACAACCCUGUGCCAUCCAUGCCUUAUUAAAUAUACAUUAGUUGGUAAAUACGAAACGCUACUAGACGACUCCCUGCUCGCUCUACACACGAUCAACGCAUCGCACAUCCAGUUCCCGCGCCUGGCGCACACUUCAGGCACCUCCGAAAAGCUGCGCAAGUAUUUCUCACAGCUAGACCUACCUCUAAUAAGAAAACUGUACAAAUUGUAUAAAUACGACUUUAAGAUAUUUAAUUAUGAUCUAGAUAAUAUUGUUGGCUACGAUCUCGGUUAAUUGUUGAGUUCGUACAUUGCGCACACUUACGACAAGACAGUCGCAAAAUGCGUCAGUAAAUUAUUUACCGAUCUUACCGGUCAGUAGAGAAAUAUAGUCUCGAUAAAGUACACCUUUAUAUGAGUUACACAUUGAUGACAAAAGCAAGUACUCAAUAAAGCAUUUGAUGGCCUGUGUCCAGAAGUUUACAUAUUGGCUAAUAUUUUUACCCGAUUUUUGUUUAAGCUCAUUUGUACUCGAAUAAUACUUAUUUUAUUAUAAGAAUUACAUUGAUUUACCGAAAACUGGAGGAGGGAAGGGCUCACAAAGGGUUUUAUAGUGCGCAGGAAAGCCUCAAAAAUACCUUACCAGUUAUGAAAUUGUUGUCAACCUAUAGACGUCCACUGCUGGACACAGGUCUCUUAUAGAGACUUCCACAUGGCUUGGUCUUGCCGCCUGGAUCAGCGGCUCCCUGCAACUCGUUAGAUAUCGUCUGUUCACCUCGAGGAGGUCUGCCAACGCUAUGCUUUCUGGUGCGAGGUUGCUGUACCAGCACCUUGGGACCCUAAGAUCUAUCGGUUCUACAAAUUAUGUGGGGUGCCUACCUUAGCUUCGAAACCCGUUGGGCUAUAUUGUUUACUCUGGUUCUUCUACGGACUCCUUAACCCUGAUUUGAUUAGAAAAUAGCACCUACAACUAGUAAUACUUUAAUAAAUCACAGCAAAGUAUACUUUUGACAACCUACGAAAUAGCACACUUACGACCAAAAAAAAGCAAAACAUCGCGAAAUGAUUUCAAAUAAAUUAACCAACUUGUUUUUAUUGGAUUGACUUACGUUGCGAUAACCUUAACUGAUACUUGAAUGAUAUAUUUUUUUGUUAAUUUACCCACCUCAUAUUUCAAAUAGUAUCAUAAUAUAUUUUGUUGUUUUUUAUCACUAGGUCACCGGUCUUGACAUUAAAAUUUUGUAACCAGAAAUUUCCAACAUUUUUUCUGUACAUUGUAAGCUUUUGCUAACGUUCAUUACAAGAAAAAGUUUUACUAAGUUUCUUACGUAAGUCAAAGGGAACAUUCCAGAAAUUGUAUAGAUAAAUAGGUGUUUUCAAUUUUUCUCUGCAGAAGACUUAAUUAAAAACAGUAGUCUAGAAAAUGAGGGCUUUCGUUAUCAUAGCAUCUAACCGAGGUUAAAUUUUGGAGUGCACUUAUCAUCAGACGCAAGUAUACGGUGGCCUCUCUACGAACAUAAUAAAUAAGCGUCUGUUUGCAUGUUAAUUAGUAUUUAGGUUUUAAUUAAUUAAUGUCAAGAUUUCAUUGUCCUUUUGAAUUCCUAUUUCACAAUAUUUUUAUAUUGUUUAAUACCAUGUGUGCAUAUUAUCUUUUAAUAUGCUUCGAUCUAAGUGAUAUAUUUAUUUAACUUAUAAAGUUAAAACCAGUUGUAUUUAAGCUUUAAUUCUAAGUAUAUAGAAUAUUUCGUAUACAACAAAGUAUAUUUUUAUUAGAUAUCAGAUAUAAAUUGCACGAAAAUCAUGCCAACAAUAUAAUCUUAGGCGUUUAAGUAACUUUUAAUAAAAUCAGCAAUAAAGAUAUAUUUUUUAAAAUGUUCUAAUAUCAAUUAAUAUUGAGGUAGACAUUAGUAUUACAGUUUUUAUGAGUAUAUAAUGCAGAACAUUUUAUGCCUGGAGUAUAAAAAAAUUUCAAAAGAUUAACUUCAAAAACACGAGUGAGCAUAAUAAAAGAAACUAGAAAUCCAAGUGUGAAGCUCGCCCGACUUCAUACAUAUACAUUACACGUGUAGAAACAAAAAUUAUUUUUUUACUUUUAAGUGUUUGU